ACUGCGCUGCUCCUUAUGGCGGACUCCCCUCUCAACAACUCCUGGCCGUCCUUCUCCAAACUCUGGAUGAAGCGAUGGUCCUUUAAGAGAGCAUCGGAGUGCAAGCCAUGUAGUCCGCCCUGUGGGCCUCCCAGUGCCCAGCUCAGUGUCCAGCCUGCUGCUCCCAGUGGGAAAGGGUCUUCCUCCUCACUCUCACCCGCCUCUAUCGCUGAGAACGUCUUCUUUGGUAACACCAGUGACGACCAGGAUGCGUGUUCAGUAGUCAGUGACUACGACUGCCCUGGCGUGGAGGUGGCCGGCAGCGUUGAGGAGCUGCUGGACUUCAGCUCCUCUUUCAAAGACUCUGAGUACUUUAAAGACUUGGAGGGAGACACUCAUGCGACACAGUUCACUAUAACCACCAGAGAAACCUCAAACUUUAGCCAACAGGUGUUUUUAAACUCAGGUCCUCCUGCCAUCAAUGUACCUGUAGAGACCUCCCUGAGCGCUCCCUCCCCUCAGGCCAACGCACCAUCACUGCCCCACUAUAAACAGCCUGCAGAGGAACCUCAUCACUUUGUGGUCAAUCAGGUUAUUCCCAAGACACUGCCAGGCUGUAUCAUUGGCAGCGGAGACUCCUCAGGCCCGGCACUCGGGCUUAGUGUGACAAUAAAUCUAAACGGACUGUUGGGAUCAGUGGAAACAGCAGACGGAAUAACAGGAUCAGGGGGAGUCAAGACGGAAAGCGUAAUGGAUUUCGAAGGGGAGACAGAUGAGGACAGUUUCCCCAUCCUGGUCAGAUCCAUGUCAACGUCUCGAAGGCACAGCUGGGGUGUCCCUGUGUCCCCCAUCAACCUGGGGAGGAGACUGAGUCUGGACACCAUGGCCACGGACAGCGAUGGAGAGAGAGAUGAUGACGAGGAGAGACAGAAUAGUCUCUUCCAGUCCACCGGGGACCAGAGCUGCACCAACUGUCCUGAGGAGGAGACAGGGCCGAGGUUCCCCUGUCCCAGAGCCAGGCUCACCAGCAUGGCUAAAGGUGCAUCUGGCAGGCAUCUGUAUUCCCGCUCAGAGAUCCUCGCCACGGACGAAUGUUCCCGUGCUGCACACAUUUCUCGUGUUGUACAGACGUCCAAACAGGCCGCGAGGGCAGCGGGAGCAGAGGAGUUUGACCCUGAAGAAAACCUGCAUUCUACUGAAGGCCAGAGCCACAUGGCGAAGCAGAGGAACAACAGAUCAGAGGUCAAAGAAUCAGCAAAUGUCACCUGGUAUGAGUUCCUCUCUCAUGGGCCCGAGGAAGAGGAGGAUCGCACAGAGAAGGUGGAGAAAGGCACCAAGGUGAAGAGGACUCUUAGCUCUCUGAGGAACAGGAUGACCGGCUCCUUCAACAAAGAGAAGGGUAAGAACCGAGAGAAAGACAAAGAGAAGGAAGCCAAAGAGAAAGUGUGCGGCGGCAGCAGCAGCAGCAGCAGUGCGCAUUAUCUGGUGCCAGGCGCUUUUUCAAGCUGUGCCACCUGCUCACUGUGCAGCAAGACCCUGCAGAAAAAGCAUGGCCUGCAGUGCAUGAAUUGUGCUGUGAACGUUCACAAGAGCUGCAAGUCUCUGCUGGGUGAUUGCACCAGCACCAAGAAUAAGAGAGAUUCUCUCCGGAAGAACGGCUCAUCGGGAUUUUCUUACCUUGCACUAAAAGACCGGGACAGAGAGCGGGAUCAGGCAGGCCCAGACCCAUCACAGACCCUGGAUGGCCACUCAGGCUUGCUCUUCUACCCAGGCAUGACCAUAAGUCACUGGGGACCUCACGCUCACCUGACUGUCGCCCACACCACCAGCUCCUUUGCAGCCCCUGCCUCCAGCCUUGGCCACAGCCUCUGUCACCACAGUAGCUCAGGAUCCCUCCCUGGGGAGAUGGAUGAGACAGAUGCUCUCCGCUCGAAACGCUGCAACGAAGAUGCCAUUUCCCUCGCUCCCUCCACCACGGAGUCCAUCUUCGUAGAAGAUACUCACUAUGCAGCAGUGCGGGCUGACCUGGAGUCUGAUGCCCAGGACCUGGAGGCUGAGUCAUGGAGUUUGGCAGUUGACCAGCAGUAUGCUAAGAGGCACUUGAAAGAAAUGGUGAAGAGACAGGAUGUGAUAUAUGAGCUGAUGCAGACGGAGAUGCACCACGUGCGGACACUGAAGAUAAUGCUGUGUGUCUAUGUCCGAGAGUUGAAGGAGAACCUCCAGAUGGACUCGGGCAGGCUGGACUGUCUGUUCCCCCGCCUGGAAAACCUCCUCGAACUUCACACACAUUUCCUGUCUUGUCUUAAAGAGCGGCGUCGAGAAAACCUUGUUUCGUCCAGCAACAGAAACUACACUAUCAACAGAUUGGCCGACAUUCUGAUCACACAGUUCUCAGGCGAGAUUGGAGAGAGGAUGAAGGAAAACUAUGGAGAUUUCUGCAGUCACCACACUGAAGCUGUAAGCUACUACAAAGACCAGCUGCAAAACAACAAGAAGUUCCAAAACCUCAUAAGGAAAAUCAACAACCUGUCCAUUGUGCGGAGGUUAGGAGUGACUGAGUGUAUUCUGUUGGUGACACAGCGCAUUACCAAGUAUCCAGUACUAGUGGAGCGUAUUCUGCACAACACUGAAGUGGGAACAGAAGAACACGAGGAACUGACUCGGGCACUGGGUCUGAUUAAAGACACCAUCACUCAGGUGGACACGCUGGUUAAUCUUUAUGAGAAGACGUCCCGACUCAGAGACAUUCACAACAAGAUGGAGCCAAAGGCAAUGGGAAAAAUCAAAGAUAGCCGAGUGUUUCGUAGGGAGGACCUGGCACCGGCCAGAAGACGACUGCUUCAUGAGGGCACUGUGAACUGGAAGGCUGCUUCAGGCAGGCUCAAAGAUAUUCUUGCAGUGCUUCUGUCGGAUGUGUUGCUCCUCAUACAAGAGAAGGACCAGAGAUAUGUAUUUGCUACAGUGGAUAACAAGCCGUCGGUGAUCUCUCUUCAGAAGCUGAUAGUCAGGGAAGUGGCCCAUGAGGAGAAAGCCAUGUUUCUUAUCUGUGCUUCCUCCAAUGAGCCAGAGAUGUACGAGAUCCACACCAACUCCAAGGAGGAGCGAAACACUUGGAUGAGGCACAUACGGCAAGCUGUCGAGAGCUGUCCUCACACAGAAGAGAGGCUGUUCAGUGAGGAGGAGGAGGCACGAGUGUCCAGAUUCAAAGAGUUUCAAGAUCGGCUGAGUCAGAAGGACACAGUAAUCUUGCAGGCUCUCACUGAGAAGCUUCAGCUGUUUGCGGACAUGGCAGAGUCUGUGGCAGGUCUGGAAGACACAGCUUCACGUUCUAGACUUUUGCUUCGAGGAGACGCCUCAGACCUCCAGCAGGGGGAGGCCCUGCUCAAAGGGGCCAUCACUGAGGUGGAAAAUCUCCAGAACCUGCUGCAGUCUGGAGUGAAGGAGGAGGCUCCGACCUCUCGACUGGAGGAAGGAGGGGGCUCCGGGGUUCUGCCCAGACGAGCGGAUACCUUUGGGGGCUAUGACAGCAGCCCCAGCAUUCUCAACAAGAACGGCAGCGUGAAGAAGAACUCUUCUGGCGAGUCCAGAAACAGAGACAGGAGCCAGAGAGCCAGCUCUGACCCUCAGCUCAAAGACCUCUGUGGCAGCCACACCCUGGAGCAGACGGUUGAUGAGAGCACCUGCUCUCCUGCCAGAUGGAACUGCAUCUGGUCCAACUCCUUCCCCGAGGCAGAGUUCUUUGACAGAGUGCUGAUGCUUUCCCAGAGGCUCUAUAGUCUGCAGGCCAUCAUAUCGCAGCAGGACAGUCACAUUGAGCUACAGCGGGUGUCCUUGACGGAGCGGGCCGCCCUGCCCGGCCGCCACCGAGGGAACGUGCUCCUGGAGCAGGAGAAGCAGCGGACUCUGGCCUUGCAGAGAGAAGAGCUGGCCAGUUUUCACAAGCUCCAGUCUCAGCACCGGCAGGAGCAACAGCGCUGGCAGAAGGAGAGGGAAAGGCACCGGCAGCAGGUCGAAGCCACUGAGGACAGGCUCCGACAAAGAGAGGAGGAGUGCCGGCGGCUGGAGGAACGUCUAGCAAAAGAGAGAGAGGAGCUCGACAGGCUAAGGGGGACGUAUCAGGAGGACCUGGAGAGACUGAGAGUGUCCACCAGAACUGUGGAGAGGGAUAAGGAGCGCCUAGAAAACCAGAGGACGAACAAGAGGAAGACCAUUGAG